AUGCAUUACACAACUAUUCUCGUCGAUACUAUUGCACCCUUUUCUACCCUUGCUCUUCAAGUCUCAAGCACCACACCUCUGUUAUCUCUCGAAUCUGAAAUUUCAGCUCGCUAUCCAGACCUACCAUAUCACGCACUUUCCCUCGCUUCUCCUUGUGGCACUGACUUGUCUUGCGACGCACCGCUCUCGACGUUGACCAAUGGGGGCGACCUACUUACUCUCCGCCUUAUGCCGAGCCUCCUCGGAGGAAAGGGAGGUUUCGGAUCCCAGCUUCGUGCGGCUGGUGGUAGGAUGAGUAGCCAAAAAGCCAGCAACAACGAUAGCUGUCGUGACUUGAAUGGUAGGAAGUUGAGCACUAUCAAGGAGGCCAAAAAGAUGGCAGCAUAUCUUGAGACCGAGCCGGAACGCAAGAAGGCUGCUGCAGAGGAGAAACGUGCUAAGCUUGAAGCUCUGGAGAAGCAGCUUGGUAUCACGCCGGGCGAAAGCAGCAAAGAUGGCGAAUCCUCCGCGAGAGCUGGACAAAAGCACCGGUUUGAUGACACCGAGUACCUUGAGCAAAGUCGAGAAAUUACCGACGGAGUUAAAAGUGCUGUUGCAGCUGGUCUUCUUAAGAAGCGAAAAAAGAACAAGGCCGCAUCGCCUGUCGAAGCCACACAUACCAAGACCGCUGAACCAACGCCUGCUUCAGCGUCUACUCCAGAGCCAGCUACGACUGAGACGCCUGAGGAUGAACCCGCGAGAGAGGCGACCACCCCCGCAGCCGCUCCAGUUGUUGCUGCCAGUGCUUGA